CUAAGACAAAAUGGCCAAGCCAACAGCUACACAGAGUGACAGCAACAAAUCCAACAACAAGCGCAGCAGCAGCAACAACAACACCAAUGCAGCUGCCAAUAACAAUAAUAAUAAUAAUUACAAUAAUAUUAAUAAUAGCAGCAGUAAACUGAAUGGCACCAUUUGUCAACCAACUCUGCCCGCGCCGGCAAACACGCCGCUGAACAAGUCCAUCAAACACGACCUCUUCCCGGAGGUGACCUUCUGCAAUCUAUCCGUGGAGGAGCUGGACGAUGCCGCCGGCCACAGUCGCACGGUACGCAAUAGCAUUAUUGCCCUCGACGGGGAUGGCAACUUGAUGAUGACUGGCAGCGAGGUGAAGAAGCGCAAGCGUUUGAUAUCGAAUGAAUCGGGCGAUUCCACCGAUUCGAGCAGCACCGAAAAGAAGACGCCCAAAAUGCCCGAUGGCGGCUACGGUUGGGUUGUGGUGUUUGCCUCGCUGGUGGUCUCCCUGAUAUGGGAUGGCCUCUCCUUCUCCUUUGGCCUGAUUAAUACCGAGCUGCUGGCCUACUUUGGCGAGUCGCCAUCGAAGACCGCUUGGAUCAGUUCCCUGUUCUUUUCGGUGCCGCUGCUAAUGGGUCCCAUUUGGUCGAAUCUGGUGGAUAAAUAUGGCUGCCGCAAGAUGACCAUACUUGGCGGCCUUGUGUCCGCCUUUGGAUUUGCCAUCUCCUCCAUUUGCAACUCCGUUGAGAUGCUGAUGGUCACAUUUGGCAUCAUCAGCGGACUGGGCCUUGGCAUUGGCUAUGUCACGGCUGUGGUAUCGAUUGCCUUUUGGUUUGAUAAGAAGCGCAGCUUUGCCACGGGCAUUGGCGCCUCUGGCACGGGCAUUGGAACUUUUGUCUAUGCGCGUCUCACACAGUAUUUGGUAGAUUCAUAUGGCUGGCGUGGCGCCACACUAAUCCUGGGCGGCACCAUGCUGAAUGCGUGUGUGUGUGGCGCUUUGAUGCGCGAUCCCGACUGGCUGAUUGAGGAAAAUCGCUUGGAGAGCCGUUCGCAGAGUGUGACCACGUUCUCCAAUUCGAGCGUGUGUCUGGAGGAGAUCAAGAAACUGCUGGACACUGGCAUAACCAAGGAGGCCGUGCUGGACACUCUGGUGACCAAGAACAACACCGAGGCCAAUCAGCAAAUUGAUGAUCCGCUGGACACGAGCCUCAAGCGCUAUCGCAGCGAAUUGUUCUUGCCCACAUUUCUCAGCGCCCAGGAACUGGACAGCAUUUGCGAGGUGAAGAGCCUGAGCCGUCGCUCGCUGCGGCACAAGGAGGGCGCCGAGGCGCCCUCACGCGAUAAUCUGCUGUCCAUGUCGUCGGGCGCCGCAGCCUACGGACCCACGGCGCCAAUUCUAGGCUCUCCGGAUGAUACACUCAUGGGCGGCAUACCGUACGAGGUGGCGGAGGCGGCCAAAAAGAGCUACUUGGCAUCCAUAGAGACCCUGUCGCCUUCGGAGAAGCGCUCCACAGUUGCGGGCACACCGAAUGGUUCGGUGCGCUCCUCGGACGAGGGCUACCUCACACAGAAGCACAACGAGCAGAAUUAUGCCAGCUCUCGUUAUUCGCUCAAUGAAAAUCUCUUCAUGACCAAGCACAAUACGCGCUCGCUGUCCAACCUGAUGAAUGGGCUGCGCCACAACUCUGUGGACAUACUGAGCGAUGAUAUGCACACCUACUACAUGGCCGUCAAGGAGGAGUCCUUCGCGCUGCUCGAUCCACAUCCCAGACCACACCCGCGCCCUGCUGCAUCCACCGUGAUUGCCAUACCCGAGCACGAGGAGAACAGCGAGCUAGCGCUGCGUCGUUCCCGUCUAGACAGUAUUACGGGCCUGCGCCGUCUAUCACGCUCGAAGAAGCCCAAUGCGCAUCGCUCGAAUCUGCGUCGCAACAUCUCCAUCAGGAACUCCAAUUUUCUGAAGGAUAUGCGCAUACAUCGCAACUCCAUACAUUAUCGAGGAGCCAUGCUCAACACGCAUCGCUAUCGCCUGCGCGCCUCCUCCUGCCCCAACAUCUAUCGCAACUCGAUGACCACCAUUGCCAAGGAGGAGGAAGAUACCUGGUAUGAUAACUUUGUGGACACCAUGAAAUCGGCCUUUGAUUUUUCACUCUUCUUGGAUAACAAAUUCGCGCUCUUCAAUCUAUCCACAUUGUUUUUGUUCAUUUGGUUUAUCAUACCCUAUCUUUAUCUGCCCGAUUACAUGAAGCAAUAUAACUAUGAGGUGAGCGUAAGCGCAGUACUCAUAUCCGGAAUUGGUAUUGCGCAAACGGUGGGCAUGAUUGGACUGGGUUAUCUGGGCGAUUCAUCCUGGAUGAAUAUCAAUAUAUGCUACUCCAUAUGCAUGCUGGUUUGUGGUGCUUCGGUGUUUUUUAUGCCCUUGCUAAUCAAUAACUACAAUGGACUGAUGACGAUGUGCGUCAUAUUUGGAUUCACUUUUGCCAGCUCCUUUUCGUUUACGCCCAGCAUAUUGGUCAGUAUCGUUGAUAUGGAUGAUUUCACUUGUGCCUACGGUUUGGUGCUGCUGGUGCAGGGCGUUGGCAUGAUUGCCGGCCCGCCGAUAGCAGGCGCCAUUUAUGAGUUUACGGGCAGAUGGGACGACUCCUUCUACUAUGCGGGCAUAUUUAUAGCACUCUCCGGCGUCUGUUCGUAUAUGAUUGAGUUCUGUGAGAAGAAACCAACUAAGGAGAGUGAUAGUGAUGUCUCAGAGACUAAAAAAGCUCAACUUUUACAUUAGUUUAUUAAAAUGUCAGUAGAAGAACCAAUCAAAGCGAAAAGAAAUUUAUAUAAAAAUAAUUAUAUAUAAUUCAAGGACUACAAUUGAUAAACUUCAGUGCAAUUAUGCAGCACUGCGGCCUAAUUAAAACACAAAUAAUGGACUAGCAUUAAAUGUUAUCAAGUUUCUUAUGUCAAAUGCUGUUGCAGCUAAAAAACAAAAACCACAAAACAAAAAAAAAAAAAAAAAAAACAUUACCUAAAAUAUAAAACUCAGAGCGAAUUAAUAGAUAAAUAAUUAAUUAAUAACUAGUUCUUCGCGUGUAAGCAAAACAUUGACUUGAAAACUAAUAUUAUAUUUAACAACUAUAUUAGUUAGUUAACGCACUAGGACAACUACAUUGUACGGAUACUCCAAUAAAACAACAACAACAACAACAACAACAACAACAUGCAUACUUAUAUACUAUUGACCGAACUAUAGUUACCAGAAUUCAAUAUCAAUGCAGUGCAUCACUGCCAUGCGCAAAACGGGUUACCCUAAUUGUCUUUUUUGUAAACGAAUAAUAGUUUAAUAAUUGUUGUAAAAUCACAUUCAAAGAUUCGCCUCGAUUGUCAUAGAACAACAAAUUACAAAUAUAAUCAAUAUCAAUACCAAUCUAUGUAACGUAUGCAAUAAAUUCAAAGGCAAGUUCGCAAUCAAUUUAACUAACAGUCUUCAAAGCGGCAAAUUAACAACUAGCGAUUAAAAUACUUAGCUCCUGACUAGGUAAAACUUUUGUAAAUUGUUGAUGAAUUAUUGAUGAUACAUAUUAACAGAAAGAAAAGAACAUCGCCCGAAUUGCAAAUGGUUCGCCAGCAAAUUGAAUAAAUUUAAAAUAAUUUUUGUCAACAAAAAACCGACGCAGUUCAAGUAUUAUUAUAAAAAAUAAAUCAAGAAGUUCACGUAGCGCACUGAGAUCAAUUUAGCCUAUGCCUAAAAAGCAACUAGAAAUAUAUAAAUAUACAUAUAAAGCACACUUCAAUUUAGUUUAAAUCCAACUAAAUAAUGCCUAAAUAUAACCUCUAUAUACAACUGUAGACUAUGUAGCUGUUGUUUCCAAUAAAAAAUUAAAAAAUAAAUAAAUAAAAAACAAAAACAGUUUUGUUAGCCAUAAGCAGAACAACAUUUAGCAAAUAAAACAAUAUUACAUUAAAAUGCAAUUCUAAACUGUUUACCAGCAGCAAUUAACUUAACACAAAUAGUAUAUACCUAUAUAUUAAACAAUAUUCAACAAUUAAAACAUAAUUUUUAAAAGAA